GUGGUGUUAAUAAACAAAGCGUCACAUAAAAAUUCAAAUCAAGAAAGUUGCUAUAAAAAGCGAACAAUUUGUUAAUGUGAUACUUCUACUUUUUCCCCUCUGUCUCAUUUAUCAAUAGACGAACAGCUAGUUACAAUCGAAUAGUUUACUUUGUGAAUACCAGCACGCCUUUUUUGCUCUAAUUGUCUGCCGUAAUCAAAGACCUACCUUUGUACUUUGUUCGAUAUUUUAAGCUUAUUUCAUAAACGAUACGACAGUUCAAUUUUAUGUCUCAGUACAACAAACAACAACAGUGGGGCGUCACGGCUCCCGUAUCCACAGAACUUCCAACUGACCAUGAAUUGAAACUAACAGAAGACUUGGUGCGGACGCUCCAUAGAUUUGGACUAUUCGAAAGUGAAGCAGAAGCUCAGAAAAGAGUCAAUGUUUUGAAUAAAUUGAAUAUAAUUGUAAAAGAUUUUGUUUACCGUGUUGGUAAACUACAAGGCUUAACUGAAAAAGAAGCAAAGAAUGCCGGCGGAAAGAUUUUUACCUUUGGAAGUUACAAGUUAGGCGUCUAUAACACAGGAGCUGAUAUCGAUACUUUAUGUGUAUUGCCUAAGCAUGUCGAGAGAGAUCAUUUUUUCACUAUAAUGUAUGAUAUGCUAAAAGAAAGACCAGAAGUGACAGAAUUGACUGCUGUUGAAGAUGCUUACGUGCCUGUGAUACGAAUGCACUUUUCUGGAAUACCCAUUGAUUUUGUAUGUGCAAGUCUAUCAAUGGCAGUGGUACCCGAUGAUCUCGAUUUAUCGGACAACAACAUAUUAUCGGGCUUGGACGAAAGAUGUAUCCGUAGCCUAAAUGGUUCUCGCGUGACAGACGAGAUUUUACGACUUGUACCUAGUGUGCCUGUUUUCAGGUUAGCAUUACGAACAAUUAAGUUAUGGGCGAAAAAAAGAGCCAUUUAUUCAAAUAUCAUGGGGUUUUUGGGUGGUGUUGCAUGGGCCAUGUUAGUUGCCAGAGUAUGCCAGAUGUAUCCGAAUGCUUGUGCUGCCUCCAUUGUGACCCGAUUUUUCAGAAUCAUGUACCAGUGGGGAUGGCCGCAACCUGUUAUAUUGAAAUCGAUGGAUGAAGGUCCUUUACCAGUGAGACAAUGGAACCCCAAGUUAUUUCCAGCAGAUAAAAGCCAUCGAAUGCCAGUUAUCACUCCAGCCUAUCCUUCCAUGUGCGCAACGCACAACGUAACCGAUUCAACGCGCGAUAUCAUGCUCAAUGAAUUCCGUAAGUCAGGGAAAAUAGCAGAAAAGAUCAUGAUCGGUACAGGGAGAUGGGUAGAUCUUUUUGAAGAAACGGACUUUUUCCAAAUUUACAAUCAUUAUCUACAGAUUGUCGCCAGCUCGUACUCAGCACAAGCGCAGCUACAUUGGUCUGGCUUAGUGGAGUCAAAAGUAAGACAGCUCGUAUUAAAGCUGGAAUUAGUGGAACUAUUACAAAUAGCACAUCCCUAUAUAAAAGGAUUUGAUAAAGUUCACUACUGCUUUCCCGGUAAAGAAAGCUGGGAUGCAGCUCACGGUGAUUUUCGGAUAUCAGAGAGAUCGUUUGAUUUGGAUGGAGACCAUAACGAAGAAGAGCGAAUCAAGUCGUUCACGUUUUUGAAACCAGAAGAAAGAGCCAUCUUAAAGCCUAUCUAUACCACCAUAUUUUAUAUUGGCUUAAAGGUCGAGCCCAGCAGAGAUGAUUCCUCUGGACCAAGAAAGCUGAAUCUUGUCUGGCCAACGAAUGAGUUUCUAAAAUCAGUCAAAAUGUGGGAUAAGUUUGAUCACAAGGUGAUGGGAAUUACUAUCAAUAACGUGAAAGGGUCCUCGUUACCCGAGGAACUUGCAGGGAAAAGACGCCCGAGGAAGAUUCAGUUGCAUAGACAUCAAAGCCAAGUAUCUCCUUUAUUGCAACAUUUUUCACCACCGCCUCGUAGUCUUUCAGUAUCCCCCUCCCUAACCUAUGAUUCCUCUCAAAGCUCCAUAUCAACAAAUGCUUACGCUUGUUCAAACCAACAUAAUCCGGUAGAUAGCUGAUAUCUUGCAAUUUUGGAACCUUCACCAAGCGUUUAGAUCAGGAUGUGUCAUAUGUAUAUAUACAUGUUUUCCAUCUCCUCAACUGACUAUACGCAUUUUAUACAUACAACGUAUUUCUACAAUUACAAACUCGCUUCUUUCCGUAAGGAUUUUUCGCUCAUCUAGUAUAUUCAUUAUAAUUGAAGAAUAGUCUGUUCCCCUCUCCCUCUCCCUCUCCCGCUCCUCCCUACCACAAAUUGUAUUGCAAACGAAAGACGAAACCCCAUCAUCCUAUUUCAUAGACUUCAAAUACGUUACUUAAUUGUAAAACAACAAAAAGCUUAAAAAAAAGUAGAAAACAUCAUAAUAAAUCCAACAAUACCCUCGCACUUCUCAAUUAAUGCACACAUACUUAUAUUAAUGUGAACAUAAAACUCUUG